AUGGAGGCGAGCCGUAAUACAAACUCCGCUUUACUCUCCACUUUAUUCCUCUUCCUUCUCCUCAUCAUUUCCUCUUCAACUUCCCUCAACUAUCACAACACCUUCUUUCCAACCUCUCUCUCCCAUGCCCACCACGAACCCGAAGAGCCUCUUACCGUACCCGAAUCCGACCCCAACACUAUGACGCUAUCCUUGCCUCUCCUCCAUGUCGACCAUCUCCACCCCGCCAAGUCCUCUUUAUCCGCCACGGAAUUCCUCAGACUCCGCCUCCGCCGGGACAUCCUUCGGGCCCAGGCACACAAACACCUAGGCGGCCCCGCCCAACUCAACAGCUCCGUCUACUCCGGUUUCCUGCAGGGGAGCGGCGAGUUCUUCACGCACCUCUGGGUCGGGACCCCACCCCAGCUCGCCCAGUUCGUGAUCGACACUGGGAGCGACCUCACCUGGCUCCAGUGCGCCCCCUGCGAGGUUUGCUACAAGCAGACCGACCCGGUUUACGACCCGGCUCAAUCCAAGUCCUUCAACCCCGUCCCCUGCGACUCCAAGCUCUGCCACCCCGUCCACUGCAAAGACCGAAGCUGCCAGUACGGGAUCGAGUACGGGGACGACUCUUUUUCCAAGGGCAAGCUGGCGACCGAGACCCUGACAUUCCGGACCACACGGCUGGCCCGCGUCACCCUCGGCUGCGGCCACAUAAACCGCGGGCUUUUUUUUGGGGCCGGCGGGUUAUUGGGCCUGGGCCGGGGGAAACUGUCCCUGACGACCCAGAAGGGCCACCUCUUCAACAGGACCUUCUCCUACUGCCUCGUGAGCCGGUACGUUUCCAAAGGGUCAUCGUGGCUCAUGUUCGGGAAUCCUGCCGUGCCGCAGAAAGCCGUCUACACCCCUAUGGUGAAAGGCAGGGUCCGGAAUAUGGCCGACAUUUUCUACACAGUCCGCCUGACCGGGAUCUCGGUGGGAGGCCAGGCCGUGGAGCUGCCGGAGGCCGCCGCUGAAAAGGAGGUGAUUGUGGAUUCAGGCACGGCAGUGACCCGGCUGAGUCAAGGGAUGUACAAAGCCCUGAGGGACGCUUUCAAGGAAGGGAACAAGAAUCUGAUUCCCGCGGACUCCCCAAUGCCGGACCUGUUCGACACGUGCUACAGUAUGAGAGAGGGGGAUAGUGUCACGGCAGUGGCGUUGCAGUUCGAGGGCGGGGCGUUUAUGGAAUUGCCGUUGACCAAUAGUUUGGUUCCUCUGGAUGAUGAGGGGACGUACUGCUUUGCUUUUGCGGGGGACAUGGACGGCCCAGGCAUACUCGGGAACACUCAGCAGCAGGGCUUCCGGGUCGUGUUUGAUCUCGAGGGCCACCGGGUGGGGUUCGCUCCUGAUAGCUGCUCGAAUCCCACCUAA